GCUGGUAUAUAUCCAUGAAAUAUAUAUUAAUAUAGCUAAUACAACAUUAUAAAUAUUAUUACAUAUAAUAAUAUGAUAAAUCAAUAUAUAGUCAUCCAACAUAAACUACAUACGUGAAUAAAUGCAUUAAGAGCUUGGUCAAGCAAUGCUAAGAUCCAAAAUGCAUUUCUUGAGAGUUGGUAUCCCUAAAUUUUAUAAAAAGAUGAGAUGAAAAACAAUUAAGAAAGAUCAGAAACUUUCACGUGUUGGUGAACCAAGGAAGACUGAUUUCAAAUGAAACAUUAAAUAAAAAUCUGUCAUCUAAAUAGUAUUUUAUUGUCCAUUAAAUUCUUUCCAUUUUCUCCAUUAUAAGGGGAAAGCAACAAAAUAAAUGGCUCCCGGGAAUCUCACUCAAGUGACAGAAUUCAUACUAAUGGGAGUCUCAGAUCGUCCGGAGCUCCAGAUCCCACUUUUCUGCGUGUUCCUGGUCAUCUACGGGCUGAUCGUGGCAGGAAACGUGGGCAUCAUCACUCUUACUAGUGUUGACGCCCAGCUUCAAACCCCCAUGUACUUCUUCCUCCGGCACUUGGCCAUCAUCAAUCUUGGCAAUUCUACAGUCAUUGCCCCUAAAAUGCUGGUGAACUUCUUGGCUACAAAGAAAACCAUAUCUUAUUAUGGAUGUGCAGCUCAACUGGGUGGGUUCUUAGUUUUUAUCGUGGCUGAGAUUUUCAUGCUGGCUGCCAUGGCUUACGACCGCUACGUGGCGAUUUGCAACCCCCUGCUCUACAUGAUGGUGGUCUCCCCACAGACCUGCCUCCUGCUGGCAUCCCUCACGUACCUCUACAGCCUGACCACCGCGCUGACUGUCUCCUCCUGUGUGUUCUCUGUGUCCUACUGCUCCUCCAAUGUGAUCAAUCAUUUUUACUGUGAUAACGUCCCCUUGUUAGCGUUGUCCUGCUCUGAGACCUACAUUCCAGAAACAGCAGUGUUUACCUUUUCGGGGACCAACUUGUUUUUCUCUAUAAUUAUUGUUCUCACAUCAUACUUCAACAUUGCCCUGGCCAUUUUGAGGAUGCGUUCGUCUGAGGGGCGACGGAAAGCCUUUUCCACCUGUGCUUCCCACAUGAUGGCUGUCACUGUGUUUUAUGGGACUCUCCUCUUCAUGUAUCUGCAACCAAGGACCAACCACUCAUUGGAUACCGAUAAAAUGGCCUCGGUCUUCUACACGCUAGUGAUUCCAAUGCUGAACCCCCUCAUUUACAGCCUAAGGAACAAGGAUGUGAAGGAUGCAUUGAAGAGAUUCCUGGAUAACCCAUGUCAUUCACUCAAAAUAGUAUAA